AUGAUGGAUGUCGAUCACAGUACUGCGGCCGAGGAUCGCUCGCGUCGAGCCACCAGUGUCCUGUCCAUGGAUGAUAUCGAAGCCGCCCAAGCCCUGGAAGGCUUGCGCACUGAAUACGGGCAAUCGCCUCGAACCUCGCAAACAUCCGAACAACAAAAGUCCCAGCCAGAGCCCCUCCUCUCUCUCCUGACGUCUACGCACCCCCUCAUCUCCUCGGCCAUCAAUGGGUCUGUCUCGGCUUAUACCAACUCCAAAUCCUACUCCCCCCGGUUCAAGUCUGGGGCUGAGUUCAUCGAGCGGAAUAUCGGGUCGCCUGUUGCCAAGUCCGUGGGCACCGUUGGUCGGAAGACCGGUGUGGAAAGCGGACUCCGGUGGGCGUUGCAGCGUCGGGCCUCGUCAUCGGCCAACUCGGGUCGGUCGAAACGUCGGAAAGUGCAUGGGCGGGAAGCCGAGCAGCAGCCCUCGGCGGACGCUGACGUGGACGUUGAGAAAGGGCCGCGGGAUGAUACUAUGGAAAAUGGUGCGGAGGGUCCUCCGCCGUAUGAUGAUCAGAAGUCGCCCAGCUACGAUGAGAUUGGACGGGACAGUCCUUCGAGACAGACUCAGCCGACCUGGCAGAGUCGGUUGAUGAUCUCGACGUCUGGACUGGGUGUUGCGAUGAGUGAGGAGUCGCUACGUAGUCUGCAGUACUGCUUAACGUGGCUGCGGUGGGCGAAUGGACGGUUGGGUAAGGCUAUUUUGGCGCUGCAGGGCGCGCUGAAGGAGUGGGACAGCUCGAAGCAGUCUGGCCAAGGGGGCCAGGAUGCAUCUUCCCAGGCGAAUCUGCUGACGCAGCGGAUACAGGCGGUCAAGGAAGAUGUUCUGUCCACUCUGAAGAGGGUGGUGGAUAUCGUCUCUAAGUACGCUGGUGGAGCGCUCCCGGAGAAUGCCCGGAAUCUUGUCCGUCGUCAUCUCACCUCCCUGCCGCAUCGGUUCCAGAUUGCUUCGACUUCCAACCCGCCACCGGACUCCGCGGCGGCUGCGUCCGACACCACGGUUAGCGCUCAUCGGAUUCUGGUGCUCGCUCAGGAAGGCCUCGACAUGAUGGCCCAGGUCAGUGGAGUCGUCAAUGACACCCUUGUCAGUGCGGAGCACUGGUGCGAGAGACUGGGCCGUAAGCGCCCCGAGGGCAAGAAUGCCGCGGAGGUUCAGCGGCCCCAGGAUCACCAUGAGUCCUAUCUGGCUGAUAUCAAGCGACCGAUUCAUGAGAAUUCCCCGCAUGAUGUGCCCAUGUCGGGCAUGGAGAAAGUGUGA